GCUCGCUAGGUGCGCGAAGGGAGGUCGUACUGCGCAGGCGUGUGACGGACGGAAGUGAUGUGGUGGUGUCAGUGGCAGCGCUCGAGCGGCUUCCUGUGAGCGCUUUGUCCCAGUUUGUAACAAAGUAUCAGUGAGUGGUUAGAGACCAGGGAAUUAUUGCAAUGGCUGAGUUUAAUAAUUUCAACACCGAUUUCUUUCAGUCAAGUUAUAGCAUUGAUGAGCAAGGACAAGCUCCGUAUGACUACAAUGCUGCAGGAGAUCCUUACCAAAACAGGCAGUAUGACAGUCACACUCAGCAGGCUGGAUAUUUUUAUCCAACAGGGUCACAACAGCCAUACACAGGGCAGAUCUAUCAACCUACACCAACCUUCACUCCUAGCUCUCCACAGUCAGUAUAUGGUAACAGUUUUGAGGAUGAAGCACCCUUAUUAGAAGAACUGGGAAUUAACUUUGACCACAUCUGGCAGAAAACACUGACUGUCCUCCAUCCACUGAAAGCUGCAGAUGGAAGCAUUAUGAAUGAAACUGACCUGGCUGGGCCCAUGGUUUUCUGUUUGGCAUUCGGAGCCACGUUAUUGCUGGUUGGUAAAAUCCAGUUUGGCUAUGUGUAUGGUAUCAGUGCUAUUGGCUGCCUCGGUAUGUACUGUCUGUUGAACUUGAUGAGUAUGACUGGAGUGUCCUUUGGCUGUGUGGCCAGCGUCCUUGGAUACUGCCUGCUUCCAAUGAUUAUCCUGUCAAGUUUUGCUGUAAUUUUCUCUUUGCAAGGAAUGCUGGGCGUAAUUAUUGCUGCUAUGAUUAUUGGCUGGUGCAGUUUGUCGGCGUCUAAAAUCUUCAUCUCUGCCUUGGCAAUGGAGGGACAGCAAUUACUGGUGGCAUAUCCUUGUGCGUUGUUAUAUGGAGUUUUUGCUCUUAUCUCGGUUUUCUAAUUGUCUUUGUGAACGGACUACGGCUCCAUGUUCUGAACUCAAGACUGAAACGGAUGCAAGCCUCCUGUCAUUCAAGUGGUUUAAAAACCUCCUAGCUUCCUGCCAACAAAAUAGUUGAAGCUCUUCUAAUUCCAUGUUUCUGGGCAGCAAUUGGACAAACACCUUGUGUUCUUAAAUUCCCGCUUUAAAUGCGGCAGAAAAAUACCCAUUUCAAUGGUUGAACAUGUCAUGAGUACAGAUUGGAAAUCAAAAUAGUUUGUCUUUGCUUUUGACAACAGGUUUCACUACUGGGGAUUAUAACAAUAUAUUAAGCAGUUUCGCCUCUACCUUGUCAUAUAGUUUCACCAUAAUGCAGGCAUGAAAUUUCCACUGGUUCAGACAAAAUGUUUAUUUUUAUUGUGAGCUGGGUUGUUGGGGCCACUGGAAAGUAUUUCUUCAAGAACCAUUUAAAUAGCGAAAUAUACUGUACUCUGUGGCAUUUAUAUCUGUAGCAAGAACUGAGUGCAGAACCGAAAAGCUAAACUCAAUAUUUAAAUCAAAUAUCUAUAUCCAUCUGGUAGAUGGACCAAAAAUAAAUUUCUCUCUUGAGUGAGAGAAAUUGAAUACUGGGGAGGGGAGGAGUUACAAAACGUGUUGUACACAUAUACAUUGUCAAAGGAACUUCCCAGUGCUGCAGAGAUCAACUUCAUGUCUUGCUUUACAGCAUAGUUACAGUUUGAUAAUUAGCCAUCGUUUGACCACCAUGUUUGUCUGGAAAAAAUAACAAUCUCAUUCCAGCACUAGUGUGUAAAUUUCAGAUUUUUAAAAUGUUGCCUGUUUUUUUUUUGUUCUCCUGUUUAAGCAUCUUGCCCUAUCCAUUACAUUUGUAAUAAAUUGGUUAAUUUCUUGUUCAA